AAUGGCACCACCAAAACCGAGCUAUCCAAGAUCGACGCUGAGUAAAAUAAUAAAGGCACAGAAACCAAACAAGAAAAUAGGCCCUAAUUUGGAUAAAAUUGCGUACGUCGCACUCCUCUCUUUCUUGCAGCGAACAGCCCAGGAGACGCGUAUCGUAGCCCAGGAAACUUACGGCGGUGACGGUGGACGCAAAAUGUCCCGCAAGGAGAUCGGCAGAGCCGGUAGACGCGUGAUUAGACGCAUUUCUUUACAGACAAACCCAAAUCGUACACAAUAAGAUAUAGUCUAACUUGUUCACUUCUUGUAUUUCUACACUCGACCUCCUUUCUCACUAAUAUUAGUACUCCAAUAUAUGCAUAU